CAAAUCCGCAUCGGUAUGCAUCGAAGCGUUAUUCUGUAAUCCUUGCAGCUGCGAGCGUGUUCGUCGUAUUCGCGGUCUCGUUGUGUAACGACCUCUCAUAGCAUAUAAGACACACGGUCGCUUCAUCCUCCGCAAAACCGCUCGUGAUGGUGUCGUAUCGUGGCGAACAACAUUCGCCUCCGGUUACCAUGACAUAGCCAGUCCCGUGAUAUCUAAACACCAUAAGGGACCACAGUACUAAGUCAGCAAACACCAGUGAAUGUUAUUAUUAUUACUAUCGUUUGCUCGUUUGAUUCUAUAGUGUUGCAUAACACGAAUUGCGUGUAGAUAUCCAUGGGAAUUGGUAAAGUUCAAAGAGGACCUCCAAGGACGAUCACCAUCGCCAUGACUUUGCUCCUUUGAUGUCCCCAUGGAUGAAUUGAAUUAUUUUGGGGAUUUCUGUAAUGUGAUUCUUUUUGUCAGUGGUUUCGUGAGUGUUAAUUAUUGAGAUGAUGUUCUUUGACAAUAAUAACAUGAAACACAGCGCGAAGUAUCCUACGCUGCCGGCAAGCUCGCCAAAGGAUUUGUGUUUGACUUGGAGGAAUAUUUCUUACACGGUUGAGAGAAAAAGGAACGGAGGUAGCUUUCGAGUGAUUUUCGGUUUGCAACAUACGGAAUUUGUUCGAUUAUUGAACGGAGUCAAUGGUAUAGUUAAUUCUGGAAUGUUGAUAGCUAUUAUGGGACCAAGCGGUGCUGGAAAAACUACGUUGCUCGCAACGAUCAGUCGACGUGUUAAAGGUCGGGCCACAGGUGACAUUUUGUUAAAUGGGAAACCUGUAGACACUGACCAAAUGAUAAGGAUAUCAGGAUUUGUUCCGCAAACAGACCUAGCUAUCGAAUCGCUGACAGUCCAAGAACACAUGGAAUUUAUGGCGUGCAUGAAAAUGGACAGGAGGCUUCGGGCGAACAUCAGAAGGCAGCGUAUAAUGGUUUUGUUGGGAGAACUCGGACUGGGAAAAUGUGGAAACUCGAAACUUUCAUCUUUGUCCGGCGGUGAGAGGAAAAGGGUCACUUUAGCCGUUCAACUACUCACCGAGCCGAGUAUUCUAUUUUGCGACGAACCAACCACGGGGUUGGAUAGUUACGGUGCCAUGACGGUGGCGAGGACACUCAGGGAGGUCGCUGCCAGCGGAAGAAUCGUCAUCUGUUCUAUACAUCAACCAGCUUCCGGUCUUUUGGAAAUUUUUCACGAGGUUCUUCUGCUUUCUGGGGGUAGAGUUGCUUUUCAAGGUUCCUCUGCCGACGCCACGGAAUUUUUCGAUAGUUUGGAUCUUCGUUGUCCUCCAACAUACAACAGCGCGGAAUUUUACGUGUCUCAAUUGUCGAUCGUUCGCGGUAGAGAAGCUGAAAGUUAUCGAAAGGUAAAUUGGAUUUGCGACCAAUAUCAAAGAUCGAAGUACGGGCAAAGGGUAUCGAAAUUGAUCGAAUAUUCUUGCGCAAGCACGUCAGAGAACAACGAGCUUCCUUUGAUCUUUUCGGAUGUCUCUUUGACUCCUCGAAAUUUCAAGAAAGCUCGUGGAUUCACGCAAUUACGUUGGCUAACGUGGCGAACGUACGUCGAUUACAAAAGGAACUCCGCUUCCAUUCUCCUGCGAUUUAUAACUUACAUGAUCAUAGGACUGCUAAUAGCAUCUCCUUACUUGGACGUGGCAGGAAAAGCCAUGAAUCAGGGCACUAUACAAAAUAUGCAAGGUCUUUUGUACCUAGUGGUCGUCGAGACAGUUUUCACCUUUAAUUACGCUGUUUUUUAUACUUUUCCGAGAGAAUUACCGCUUUUAUUGCGCGACAUUGCCAGUGGACUUUAUGGUCCGACACCGUAUUACAUCAGCAAGGUUGUCGUUCUGUGGAUUUUUGAUAAUUUUCAGCUACCAGGCGCUAUAGUGCAACCAUUGCUCUACAGUGGAUUCAUAUUCUCGAUCACAGGACUAAAGGGUGGAUGUUUAGGAUUUAUCUACUUUGCACUGCCAGUAGUAAUCUGUGCCAUUUCCGCUUCCGCUCUUGGUUGUUUCUUAUCAGCCUCGUUUAAAUCAGUGGACACUGCCUCUUUGUUUUCUGUGCCUUUGGAUUUCCUUGGUCUGAUGUUUUGUGGUAUCUACUUGCAUCUCGGACAUUUAGCACCUGGUAUCUCCUGGUUAAAGUACUUAUCACAAUUUUAUUACGGUCUCGAGGCAGUCUCUUUAACGCAGUGGCUGUUAAUUGAUGACAUAAGCUGUUCUCCGGAUCCGGAAGAGCCUUGCAUAUCCAGUGGAUUGGGUGUCCUUGAGAAAUAUGGCUAUUUACCAUACCAUUACACGAUGGAUUUAAUCGGUCUUCUGGCGAUAUAUUCGUUCAGUCAUUUAGCUGGUUUCUUGGUGAUUAAAUACAGAAGUCGUCAAGAACCUGUCUACUAAUUUCAUCUCAAUUUAAUUCAUCGAUUUUCACUGUUUAUUGAUUUUGAUAACUAUUUAAUAAUUGUACAGUAUCUAUAAGUUAUUUUGUUAUCAACUAGAAUAAAUUAAUUACAAAUUA